AUGGGCUGGCUUCUUGUCCGUAAACACCCUGAAGUGAAACGUAGAGGUGCACGGCUGGAUCUGAGCGAUUUGUAUGCAGAUGAAAUUCUGAUGCACUAUAAACUACUCGCCCUGCUGUGUUGCUUCCUGAUCCCUACGGCUGUACCCGUGUAUUUCUGGCGCGAGUCUGCACUCGUCGCCUUCCUAACUGCUGCGGUGUUCAGAUAUUGUUUCUGUCUGCAUGAAACAUGGCUGAUCAAUUCAGCAGCUCAUAAGUUUGGUUUCAAGCCGUACGAGGAACAAAUCACUCCAACGGAUUCAUUUUGGUUGGCUGUGCUAGCUGCUGGUGAAGGUGGUCACAACUAUCAUCACGUAUUCCCACAAGAUUACCGUACCUCAGAGUAUUCGUUUGUUCAUAAUAUCACCAAAGUGGUCAUUGAUUGGAUGGCCUCCGCUGGGCUCGUAUACGAUCGUAAGGUCGUCUCUGAAGAGCGAUCUCGAAGUAGUCCAAAUAUAGCAACGUUUUGA